AUGGAGGAGGACGAGGACGGCCUUUUCGCGACGGUAUCGCGCGCGCUGGAGUGCGUCGAGGGCUGGUGCGCCCACUGGUCCCCCGAGUGCCUCCGCGCGGUGCUCGGAGACGACGCGAACGACGCGAACGACGAGAACGACGCCAACUGCGCGCGCGCCCUCGCCGACGCGUUGCUCGUCGCGGCUCGUCGCGCGGCUCCCGCGAUCCUCGCCGUGGAACGAUUCGCACGCGAGAGACGGGCGCGAUGCGGCGGCGCGUCGACGACGGUCGUGGAGCUCUGCGGCGCGUCGCGGGGGCACCUGCUCGGCGCCCUCAUCGCGUCCUUGCGUCUCGAGGGCGUCGAGCGGGUGGUGCUCGUGGACCCGCGAUGGCCCCGCGCGGGCGCGGGCGACGACGCAUCCGGCGACGCUGCCGAGGCCGCCGCGAGUGUUCCCAAGAAGACGGACGACGCGCGUCUGCCCACCGCGCACGUGGACGCGCGGGCGGACGGCUGGUGGACGCACCGCGGCGUCGCCCCGCCGCAUCGAUGGAAAGCGAGCGCGAAAAACGCCAGCCACCUGAGAUCGCUCGCCGCCGCGCUCCGUCGAGCGCGCGUCGCCGGCGCCGCCCCGGGCGCGAUAGCCAUCGUGGCGAACGCGGUGGGGGGCACGGGCGACCUGCGGGCGCUGCAGCUGUACCACGCCCCCUACGGGGAUCGAACCCGCGACCUUUUAACCGACGACGACGACGACCUCGCCAACGCCGACGUCGCGCUCGCGAUGUUCCCAGGCGCACCCCCCGAGCGAACGGAAGCGCGCAGGCGGAACCUGACGUACCGCGCGGGGCCUGAACACGAGUUCUCCGUCAGGCGCAUAUGGCCCGGGCGUUACGCCGGGCGUUACAACGGCGCAUCCGUCGAGUCGUUCGCACGGAGAGCGUGGGCGGCGCACGUUCGCGUCGGCUCCGGCGGAGUCGGCGUGAAGUCUUCGACGCCCGACGGGUUUCACGACCGCGACCCGCCGCUCGUGACGGCGACGAGGGCGAGCGCGAGGGAGGCGGGGUGGGGUGCCGAGGGGGGUGCCGAGGGGGGUGCCGAGGGGGGUGCCGAGGGGGACGCGUUCGGCGCCGUGGCUCUGUCCGUCGUCGAGCAACUCGCGGCGGUGAACGCACGCGUCGUCGCGAAGUUGCGACGCGUCGGUAUCCUCCGCGACGACGACCGUUACAACGACCGUUACAACGACCGUUACGACGACCGUUACGACGACGACGACGUGACGUUGCGACGCGCCGACCCCAACGCCUGGGUCGCCGGGGGAUACUGCGAGCACCACUACGUCCCGGAGCCGCCCGGGCCGCACUCGCUGUGCUUCGAGGCUUUUCUCGGCGCCGAUCGAGAACCCGCGGGCUUCGUAGCCUUCUCGGCGUACGACGCCGACGAUUCGUACGACGACGGCGACGGUUCGCAUGACGGCGACGGGGGGCUGGCCGACGACGAGGACGAACACGCGGGUGACGUGCGCGACCGUUACGACGACCGUUACGUCGCGAGGCCCGGCGGUUCGCUGAAUAACGCGCAGGUGGACAGGCUGUGCGUGCUCCCGGAGCGAAGGGGACGCGGAGUCAAGGAGAGGCUCCUGCGGUGCGCGGAUGGGUUCCACGCGUGCGGGGUGCCGGUUCGCGUCAAGACGGCGAGUAUAAGCGCCGCGAAGUCGUUCGUGAGGUGCGCGCUCUUGGCGUACGACGGUUUCAAGGAUCCGACGCGAGCGGGCGUGAGCAAGCGCCGGGGGACCAAGACAGUCGUCGUGGUGGACGAAGACCCGUCUCGACCGCGCGAUGAUCCCAGGCGGUACGAGGACGACUGGCGGAAUCGCGAGGCGGGGCGAUCGAUCCCGGUCGCGGCCGAGACGCCGAAGACGCCGGAGGAGCAGGAGGGUGAACCGGCGGGGAGCGGGGGUAGACGCGGGGGGAACGUCGGAGGCGACGGGCUCGAUCGGGAGUCUCGCGCAAAGUCGGAGGCGAUCCUUCGGAGCGACGGGGAUCGACGCGCGGCGGCGACGCGCGCGGCGCUCAACCGCGUCGCGCCGGACACCGUCGUCGCCGUCGCCGACACGAUCGCCGCAUCCCUCGCCGACGCCUUCGCCGACCACGCGGGAGUUCGAGGUGGUGACGACGCGCGCGCCGCGCCGCCGGAGGUUUCGUCCACUGCGGACCUCGUCGCGGUGAGGGGCUCGAGGGACGCGAUGUUCCGCGCGACGUACGCGGACGUCGCCGCGCGCGUCGCACUUGUCCUCGCGUCUCGUUCGACCGACGGCGUCUUCCGUCGCGACGUCUUCGUCUCCGCGGUCGCCUCCGCCGCGUCCGCGCCGCUAGUUCGAUGCGCCGCGGGGAAGGGCGGGUCGGACCUCGCGGGGUGCGCGGGCUUUUUAGCCGAGCUGAGGGCGAGGGGCUUGGUCGCCAACGAAGAGAUGAUUCGAGGCGCGAUCGGCUCGCUUCUCGCCGGGGCGUGCGCGGAGAUGGACGGGAGCGUUCCGGUCGACGUCGCGACGUGCGCGCCGGCGUUGUGCGCCGCGAUCGAGGGCGGGCUCGGGAUUGGGCUCAUCGAAGGGGAUAUCGAAGGGGAUAUCGAAGGGGAUGUUGAAGGGGAAGGAGGGGUCGAUCGCGGGACGGAUUCGCUCGGCGUCGCCGUCCGCGACGCGUUGACGCGCGCGCACGCGGGCGACGGGGUGAACCUCGGCGGUCGUCUCAGGUUUCUCGCCGGCCGCGCGCUCGCCGAGUUGGGCACUGGGGACGCCGCGGCUCUCGGGGUCGGCGGCUUUUCGCGGUUGGCAAAAAACGGAGCCGGCGCGGGCCGGGGACGAUCGAUCGCGCCGCCCGCGACGUCGAACGCCCUGCUCGGAGGCGCGAUGACUCGCGCGGAGGUGCAUCACGUCGCGUCGCGCGAGAUGCGAUGCGAGGUUGCGUUCGCCGGGUCGCGAAAGGCGGUGGAUCGGGGGAUGCGCAGGGGUUGGACGUUUGCGUACGUCGGGUCGCCGGUUCGAAUCCUGGACGGGUCGCGUACUACCGACUUUUGUCGCGUGUUCGCGCCCUCGAAGGCGGUGCGCGAUCCGGCGGAGCUCACGGAGACGGCGGACGCGCACCGAAAGGGGAGGUACGAGCGGGUGCGCUGGGCGGAGGCGGAGGCGCGCGAGUGGCCGCGAGACGGGCUCCCGCAAACGCGACCGGCGCCGUAA